UACAGAGUUGUUUCGAGUCAGUUUUCAGUUUGCUUGCGGUUCCAGUAACAGUGAUAAAGAGCUUGAUGUACCUCUUAAACAAUUUGACAUGGCCGAACAAAGUCCAGCCAAAAAAUUAAGGAAACAGGUCAAGGGGUUUCUUUGCGACGUGAGUCCCGUAAAAGACAUAUAUUUUGAUGCCGUUCUUCAACAUGACGGUGGAAAUAGCAAAGUUGUUGUCUUCAGACCGGAGGAUCACAUGCACUUCCACAACGCAGAAAAGACCCGGAGCUUAGUUACACUAGACGACGUGGUUUUACAGCCGUCUGUGGAGUCCAGCAGAACAAUGGACGUCUUCUACACUCACAGCUCUAAAAUGUCCUGCGUUCGCAACCUCGGAGAAGCAUUUAACAACAGCUUUUCUUCUGGACCACAAGCUGUGCAAUUGUCUGAACUCCUUAACCUACAAACAAAACCAAAGAGGGUCAUCAUUAAUGUAAAGAUUAUCCAGGAGAUGCGCAGGGGAAACUCUGUUGUAUGGGACGGACAGAAUCUUCCAAGAACUGAAUAUACUGUUUCAGAUACCACAGGCUGCAUGAGUCUAACGGUCUGGUGUGAGCACAGCAUCACUGUCGGUGAAUGGUACAACAUCACAAAUGUCUCUGUGAAAGAGUUCAGGGGCAAGACAUCCCUAUCAACUACCAGAGACACACAGAUCAUCAGCAUCCCAUCUCAAGGUACAGCAGCUGCUGAUCAAGUGCCAACAGGAACUAUCAGAUGUGACAUCAUUGGUGCAAACAUUAAAAAUCUCUUGAUUUGUCCUCAUAAACAUAAACUGAAGAGCAUGACACUGUCAAGCCCAACUCUAUAUUGUAUCUCAUGCAAGACACAUUAUAAAAGCACUGCCAUCAUCAUGAACUUUAGUGGACACCUUGAUCUUAAACUAGAAACGGGAAAUGUUGUGAAGGCAAGGAUUGAAGACGAGGUCAUAAGGUCAGCGCUCACAGUCAAUCCCACUGCGUCACCGAAGGACAUUAUUAAGAGCUUCAUUGAUCUGCCAGCCAUGCAGAUCACAAUUCGCGAGAACGUCAUUGUAAUGAUGGAAGAUGUUCCUCAGAAGACUGAAAUCAAGUCUGAAGAUGAGCUUCCUAUUAAAGUGGAACCCGUGGAAGAAUCUGAGUUUUAUUCACCCCCGGAUUAUGGCUUUCUAUUCAGUUCACAAGUCAGAAAAAGAAAAUUUACUGACUGACUCGGAUCAUAGAAAAUCAUAACUUCCCAUUACUGUAUUAUUCAUAGACUUUAGAUAAAAUCAGAACAAAGACAGUCUAACAAAGACUACAAGUGUAAAUAUUUUAACAUUUAAAUACCUUAGAUGAAUGUUUACUGAUGAAUUAAUUGAUUAAAUAUAUUAUUUCCAAAUAAUUUCUAAUUAACAAUUGCACAGAGGUCAGCUACUGUUAUUAUUACAUGGCAUAGAAAUAGUUUUAAUGUUAAUUUUAAAGUUUAAAGUUAAUUGGUGGUGAGAAAUUGAUUGUGAUGUUAUUUCCCUUUGCAUUAAAAUUUGGAUGAUGAUUGUCACAAUCUGUAGAUUUUAUGGUAAUUCGGAGUAAUUGAAGACAUAUAACAGAGAAAAUGAAUGUGAACAAAGUUUUUUUUUUUUAACCAUUUACUCAGAAAAGUUUUUUUGUCAUUCACAUUCCAUAUUCUUUAUUUGCCACACUUACAAAAUUGGCAUCAAAAGUGAAUAUCGUCAGCACACAUUUAGAGUCAAAACAUCACUAACAUUGUGAUCGUGUCAUCAUUUACGUUUGGAAUGAUGACAUAUCAAAUGAUUGUAUUUUAAACACCUGCUGAUUAAGAAAUUAAAGAUGUUGAAGACAGUAUUUGCUGA